AUUCAAGUUUUUGCUAAUCGCGAUGUGUAUAAAACAAGAUAUCGCAUUUGACGUUAUUGAUGUGAUAUCUCAAAAAGAUCAUUAUCCUAAAUGGAGACGACGGACUCGCACGAGACACAACCAACGGUGGUUUAUUCGCCGCCGGGAAGAAUAUCACUCCGGCCGAUGACUCUUUCCGACGUUGACGACUACAUGGUUUGGGCCACAGACGCUAAAGUAGCACGCUUUUGCUCUUGGGAGCCUUGCAAAAGCCGAGAAGAAGCCAUCAAAUACAUAACCGACUCGGUCUUGACACACCCUUGGCUCCGAGCCAUCUGUUUAGAAGACGACCAUGCGAUCGGAUACAUCUUGGUCAUGCCGGUCGAUAAGAUCAGGAAAGAGAUCGGUUAUGUGUUAGCGAGAAAGUAUUGGGGAAAAGGGUUCGGUACGGAGGCGGUGAGGCUAGUGACGGCGGAGAUAUUCAAGGAAAUGCCGGAGAUUGAGAGGCUUGAGGCACUCGUCGAUGAGGACAAUGUGGGAUCUCAAAGGGUUCUUGAAAAAGUUGGGUUUACUAGAGAAGGUGUUAUGAGGAAGUUUAUGGUUAUGAAAGGAAGUGUUAGAGAUAUGGUUAUGUUUAGUUUCUUGCCUUCUGAUACUUUGAAGUAAAAUUGAUCAGCAAAAAGAUUAUUAAUUCAGAUUAUAUAACGCUGGCCUUAAUGUGAUUCAUAACGUAAAAUAUGAUGUAAACACUCUGUUUCUGUUUUUUUCUGUUUCCUCUAUAUUUAUGAGCUUAUUUUUAGGUUUGUAUUA